UUUUAAAUUUUCUAGUAAAGAUGCCUAGAGAGAUUAUCACUUGCCAAGUUGGACAAUGCGGAAACCAAAUCGGGAUGGAGUUCUGGAAGCAACUCUGUAUGGAACACGGAAUCAACCCAGAAGGAAUCCUUGAAGAAUAUGCGCAAAAUGGAGAGGACAGGAAGGAUGUCUUCUUUUACCAGGCUGAUGAUGAACACUACGUGCCAAGAGCUGUUCUGAUAGACUUAGAACCUAGAGUUAUUAAUGGUAUCCAGAAGUCCCCAUAUGCCAGUCUGUAUAACCCAGAAAAUAUUUUCAUUUCAAAGCAUGGAGGUGGUGCAGGAAAUAACUGGGGAAGAGGUUAUUGUGAUGCUGAAAAAGUUCAAGAGGAGAUUAUUGAGAUGAUCGAUAGGGAAGCUGAUGGCUCAGAUAGUUUAGAAGGAUUUGUAUUAACCCAUUCUAUUGCUGGAGGAACAGGAUCAGGCUUUGGAUCUUACUUAUUAGAGAGACUUAAUGAUCAUUAUCCAAAGAAACUUAUUCAAACCUACUCUGUUUUCCCAAAUGAGAAUGAUGUUGUUGUUCAGCCAUACAAUUGUCUUUUGAGUAUGAAAAGAUUAAUCUUGAAUGCUGACUGUGUUGUUGUGCUUGACAACACCGCUUUAACUAGUAUCGCAGUUGAUAGACUAAAACUUCUUCAACCUACUUUCCCACAAAUAAAUUCGAUUGUUUCUACUGUUAUGGCAGCCUCUACAACAACAUUAAGAUACCCUGGAUACAUGAAUAAUGACCUUGUCGGUCUUAUUGCAAGUUUAGUCCCAACUCCAAGAUGCCAUUUCUUGAUGACUGGUUAUACUCCUUUAUCUCUGAUAGAUCAGAAAGUGACUUCUAUCAGAAAAACUACAGUAUUGGAUGUGAUGCGCCGUCUGCUCCAGACCAAGAAUAUUAUGGCUACUGGAGCUAUCAAGAAGGGAGCUUACAUGUCCAUUCUUAAUAUCAUUCAAGGAGAUGUUGACCCAACUCAAGUUCAUAAGUCUUUACAAAGAAUCAGAGAGCGUAAAUUAGCUAAUUUCAUACCUUGGGGACCUGCUUCAAUUCAAGUUGCAUUAUCCAAGAAGUCUCCUUACAUGGAAAGUGGUCAUAAGGUUUCAGGACUGAUGCUUGCUAAUCAUACUGGAAUCAGAUCCAUUUUCAAAGUGAUUUACGAUCAAUACAGAACAUUCAGAAAGAGAGAUGCAUACAUGAAUAUCUUCAAGCAGACCAAAAUUUUCGAAGAUAAUCUUGACGAAUUCGAUAGCUCUGAUGAGGUAGUCAAAAGUUUGAUUGAAGAAUAUGCGGCUGCUGAAAAGAUGGACUAUAUAAACUGGGGAAAUGACGAUGACGAUAUGGGCUAUGAUCCAAGAGCUCCUCCAAAUUUUAGCUCAAUGCAAUAA